AUGCUGCAGGAGAUCUUUGCGCGCAACGCGCUGAGCAAGGAGGAUGUGCUUAUGGGCCUGGAGGUGCAUCGGGCAGUGCUGGAGGCGGGGCUCGUGGGCCACGACGCGACGGAGCGCCGGACCUUAGCCGCCACGUGCCGGCCCCCUGGGCGGCAGUGGGAGGAAGACGGCCUCACCUUUGCUGAGUUUGCCGGGAAGAUCGUGCCCGGCUGCAGGGCGACGCUGUCGGCGAUGCGGCAUGACAAGCUGCACAAGCUGCUGGCUGCUGCUCCACGGGAGUGGACAGGCCGGGUGCAGAAGGCGCGGCUCCUGGAGGCUUGCCUACAGGUGCUACCUGCUGAGUAUCUGGAUCCCGUGGAGGAUGGCGAGGGAGCCCUGCCCGGGAACGCUGUCCUGCAGGAGCUGAUCCGUCUGUACUCCGAGGGUGCGGAGGGCUACUCCCUCCCUGAGAUCGCGCUGAAGCUUCAGGCUAUCUCGGAGGACACCCCGCGAUCAAUCUUCAUUGUUCUCGAUCUGGCCGCGGACGUGGCCUCCGCAGACGGCCGCCAGGCAGUGGCGACGCGGCUGGCGCAGCUCUGUGGCGAAGGAGGUGGGCCCCUGUCGUGCGUGGUGCACAAUGCUGCCGUGAUUGGCGAGCUCUGCAAUGUGGACCAGCUCACGCUGGCGGGCUACCAGCGGACAAUGGCCAUCAACGUGGAGGGCCCUCUCUUCUUGACGCAGGCGCUGAAACCCAGCUUCUCCUCGGGUAGCCGCGUGCUGCACAUCAGCAGCGGUGCCGCGCACAGGCCGCUGGAGGGAUGUCUGACGUACUGCACCAGCCGCUCUGUUGCAGGUGAUGCGGUGCCUGGAUGA